AUGAAAACUCCUUUCAUUAGAGCCUUCAACUACGAAACGCGCCGCUCCAUCACCUGUAAACAGCUGCCAUGGGUGGAGGAUGGCAGCAACGCAGAGGUCAAGAGGAACGUCAACUGUGAUCUGUAUGAGAAGAAGGGUAAGCUUUGGGGUCAAAGUGAGGUCAUGUUCUCUGUCAUUUAUGUUCUCAGUGAAUUGAUGUCAUUUUGUAUAAUGCUACAAAAUGAGUUGUGUUGUGUCAGUAGCACGCUGUGAUUUUAGUUUGAAAAUACAGAUUUUUUUCUUCCAUGUGCAGUCUACGUAAGGAAGUGCAUUGUGGGUAAAGGGGAAGACUAUCGAGGCAAGGUGUUCACGACGAAAAAUGGCCAUACUUGUCAACAGUGGUGGUCAAAGUUCCCACACGAUCACAGGUAAGAUCAUCCCGUUGAUUUAUUGGAGUAAUAGUUUGGAAACCAUGACCCAAAGCAAAAUAUGAUAACAUAUGUCUCUGUCUCUCACACAUAUUUUGUUUCUAUACCUGUCAUAGAUGGACACCCACAGCCACUAAUGGCUUGGAGCUGAACUACUGCAGGAACCCAGAUAGGGACCGCAUCGGGCCGUGGUGCUACACCACUGAUCCAGAACGCCGCUAUGAGAGCUGCAAUAUCCCCCACUGCAAAGAUGGUACAUCCCAUUCUGUUCAACAUUCCAGUGGUUGAAGGAUUGCAAUUCCAAAUGUUUCUAAAGAUACUGCAAUAACACUAUGUGUAAAUGAUUGACUGUGGUGUGUGUAUUGUCUUCGAUCUAAUUAUCUGUUUGGCAUGUCUGUUUUGAUCAUAGAGAACAUCAUUGUAGAAAAGUGUUGCUAUAGACUGUGUGUGUUUGGGUUUGUGCACAGAGGUGUGUAUAACAUGUAAUGGGGAAGACUACAGGGGCCAGGUUGACCACACAGUGAGUGGCAGAGAGUGUCAACGUUGGGACCAGCAGUACCCACAACAACACAUCUACCAGCCUGAGAAGUAUGUCUGUCUGCCAACCACUGUUAUCACUACCACUCCACUCUUUUACAUGCUUUUUGUUGUAGGCCUACAUGCCUUCGUAUCCUGUCAGCAUUACUUGUCUCUAAUCAAUAUGUUGUACUGUAAUAGAGUAGAGAACGAUCAAUAUUUCCAAUGUAAUGAGAAGUUCCUAACAUGGAAUACUGUGCGUUCCAGGUAUCCAGAUAAGAGCUUGGAUGAUAACUACUGCCGUAACCCAGAUGCCUCCCCUGUUCCCUGGUGUUACACCACAGACCCUGAUAUGGAGAGAGAGAGCUGCCAGAUCAGCAAGUGCUGUACGUCUGUCCCUCAUACACCCUCCCUGUCCAUUCAUUCACACUAUUCCAUUUUUAUAACAAUGUAAUAACAAUAUAAUACAAUCUAUAUCACCCCUCAUAUGUCACGUCUCUCUUUUCGCUCUAGCUGUGGUUCCAAAGAGACGCCUCCGAUCCAGCUACACCACAAACUGUUUCCGUGGUCGCGGGGAGGAUUACCGCGGUAAAGUGAACGAGACGACCGGCGGCAUUGCCUGUCAGCGGUGGGACGCCCAGUACCCUCAUGAGCACCCCUUCUACCCAAACACCUACGAAUGCAAGUAAGCCAGAGGAAUGGGCGAUAGAGGGAUGGAUGGGCAGCGGGAUGAUGGUUAGUGAGUGGUGGUGAUGAUGAGGAUGGUGGUGGAGUAAGGAGUGAAAUGAAGGGUCUUGAGAUGAGGAUCUACAUGAAUGGCGGAUCUUGGGUUUAUGUUCCUAGACACAUUUACAUUUUAGUCAUAGCAGACGCUUAUCCAGAAUCAGUAGCAUACAUCCAACAUAUACCCAUGAAUAGUGAUCCCUGUGUUAUUUUGACCUACAGUGAGGGAAAAAAGUAUUUGAUCCCCUGCUGAUUUUGUACGUUUGCCCACUGACAAAGACAUGAUCAGUCUACAAUUUUAAUGGUAGGUUUAUUUGAACAGUGAGAGACAGAAUAACAACAAAAACAUCAAGAAAAACGCAUGUCAAAAAUGUUAUAAAUUGAUUUGCAUUUUAAUGAGGGAAAUAAGUAUUUGACCCCCUCUCAAUCAGAAAGAUUUCUGGCUCCCAGGUGUCUUUUAUACAGGUAACGAGCUGAGAUUAGGAGCACACUCUUAAAGGGAGUGCUCCUAAUCUCAGUUUGUUACCUGUAUAAAAGACACCUGUCCACAGAAGCAAUCAAUCAAUCAGAUUCCAAACUCUCCACCAUGGCCAAGACCAAAGAGCUCUCCAAGGAUGUCAGGGACAAGAUUGUAGACCUACACAAGGCUGGAAUGGGCUACAAGACCAUCGGCAAGCAGCUUGGUGAGAAGGUGACAACAGUUGGUGCGAUUAUUCGCAAAUGGAAGAAACACAAAAUAACGGGGACCAUAGUCACCAAGAAAACAAUUGGUAACACACUACGCAGUGAAGGACUGAAAUCCUGCAGCGCCCGCAAGGUCCCCCUGCUCAAGAAAGCACAUAUACAGGCCCGUCUGAAGUUUGCCAAUGAACAUCUGAAUGAUUCAGAGGAGAACUGGGUGAAAGUGUUGUGGUCAGAUGAGACCAAAAUCUAGCUCUUUGGCAUCAACUCAACUCGCUGUGUUUGGAGGAGGAGGAAUGCUGCCUAUGACCCCAAGAACACCAUCCCCACCGUCAAACAUGGAGGUGGAAACAUUAUGCUUUGGGGGUGUUUUUCUGCUAAGGGGACAGGACAACUUCACCGCAUCAAAGGGACGAUGGACGGGGCCAUGUUUUGCAGAGGGGUCAAAUACUUAUUUCCGUCAUUAAAAUGCAAAUAAAUGUAUAACAUUUUUGACAUGCGUUUUUCUGGAUUUCUUUGUUGUUAUUCUGUCUCUCACUGUUCAAAUAAACCUACCAUUACAUGUAGACUGAUCAUGUCUUUGUCAGUGGGCAAACGUACAAAAUCAGCAGGGGAUCAAAUACUUUUUUUUCCCUCACUGUAUAGUAUUAGCUGUUUUAUCCAUAUGUCCCUGUGUUAUUGUGUGCUAUACUUAUUGGUUAUACUAAUUGCUAUACCAUUGCUCCCAGGGGCUUGGAGGAGAACUACUGUCGUAACCCAGAUGGAUCCGAGGCUCCCUGGUGCUUCACGUCUGUGCCUGAGAUGAGGACGGCUCUCUGCUUGCAUAUCAAACGCUGUGCAGACGACAUUGAAGCCGAGGGUACACUGCCCUCUGCUGUUUAUGGGACCAAUGCACUCGCCAUGCAAUCUAGGGUCCUCAAACAGAAAUCUAUUUGAUAACUCAUAGAAGGGGUUUCUGUCAUCAUGUUUUCAUGUCCUUUUUCCCCACACCCCAGAUUGUUACCAGGAAAAUGGUAAAAACUACAGGGGUGUAGUCCGAAAGACGCGGAAGGGUGUCACCUGCCAAAAGUGGAGUGUCAACAUGCCUCACAAAACAAAGUAUGAUAAAUAACCAGUAGAUUAUAAAAUGAAAUUUAACAAGAAUUUGGCAGGUAUGUUUGGUGGUGUCAAUGGUGUCAAAGAUUGAAUAUAUAUGUAUAUAUUUGUAUUUAUUUAUUUUUAUUUCAAUGUAUGUAUGUAUGGGAUAGUAGCAUGUGUGUGUAGGAGUGUCUGCUGUGGCAUGCGUAGGUAGGUUUAGUGCUUGUACUGUACUGUGGUUUUCCAGGAUAAACCCAGGGACCCACCCUGAGGGCAACCUGACAGAGAACUACUGCCGGAACCCAGAUGGGGACCAACACGGACCCUGGUGCUACACCACUGACCCCAAAACAGAGUUUGACUACUGCGCCAUCAAGCAAUGCGGUAAAGAUUACCAUCCCCCCAUACCUCUGUGCCCUCAGGCAUUACAUUCCUCUCUCAAUAUCUUUCUCUUGCUACUUCAUCACUCAUUGGCCGUAUCCGAAUACCCAUACUUUCUUUCUACAUAGUAGGCAUUUUAUAGUAUGUGAAAAUAAAAAAAUCGAGUAGGCCUAUGCUUUAAAUGCCAGGAUGUUAUACUCAUUUCGGCUUUUCAUCUAGUAGAAUUUGCUGCACACUUUUGAGGAAGAGAAUAAUCUUUCCAGACUUGCGUGUGUUUGACAAAGCUGAUAAUAAGCUGAUAAUGAGAUAAGGGGACACGCUGUACCCAAAUGAACGAAUGGCGGGAAUCAACGCACUUGCACAUUAGAUGACACAUUCUCAGGAUGGGUGAGCCUAGUAUGUUGAUAUUUGUUGCUUACUGCAUUCAUUUUUACUAAACAGUACAUUCUAAAUAGUAUGUAGUAUGAUUAGUACACAUGAUGUAGUUUUAGCCAGUGUCUCUUAUCUCUGUACACUGCAAUAGUAGGCCUAAUGUUAACUUACUAACACUAUAAAGCUCUUUUUCAUCCAUUUUGCUCAAAGCAUUAAUCCCUCCAUGGCUCUGUGUUAUUUCAAAGUGAUUAAAAGAUUAUUCUGCUUAUUGUUGUUUGAACAGCUGGGGAGAAAGUGUCCAUCAUUGAGCCAGCAGGUACGUUCCUAAUGGGAUAUGCAACUAGAAUGAAAAAUAAGUAUUUCCUGAAAGUGGACAUAUGUACACUACUUUACUCAUUAACUGAAGUGUGUGUGUGUGUGUGUGUGUGUGUGUGUGUGUGUGUGUGUGUGUGUGUGUGUGUGUGUGUGUGUGUGCGUGUGUGUGUGUGUGUGUGCGUGUGCGUGUGCGUGUGCGUGUGCGUGCGUGUGUGUGUGUGUGCGUGUGUGUGUGCGUGCGUGUGUGCGUGUGUGUGUGUGUGUGUGCGUGCAUGUGUGCACACAGAGAAGGUGGAGUUUAAUGAGUGUGGGAAGAGAGAUGAUCGUUUCGUCAAGAGCAUGCUGCGUAUUGUUGGUGGGGGUCCUGGAAACUCUCCCUGGACGGUCAGCCUCAGAGACAGGUCAGUCUGAGAGGGGCAGUGUUAGCGCAUUGAGAUUUACUCAGCAAUAGAGACCCCAGCCCCAGUCUUCAUAACCUCUCUGUCUCCCCUGUUAGAGACCAGUGUUCAUGGCCUCUCUCUCUCUCUCCCUGUUAGAGCCCAGUCUCUCCUAUAUCUCUCUCUCUCAAUUCAAUUCAAUUCAAUAAAUGCUUUAUUGGUAUGAAUGGGUUGUUGCCACUGUUGCCAAAACAAUGUAUAUGAAGUAUUACAUAAAUUAACAAUAUGUUUGACCAACAAUAAUAAUAUACAGUAUACUGUAUAUAUACAAAAACAAUUAUACAUAGAAAAUAAGAAGAAUACGUUUUUUUAAAAGCAAUUUGAAAUUCUAUCUAGAAAGGUUCAUGUGUAUGACAUCUCUUAUAUUAUGACAGCCCAGAACAUCAUCUGCAGCAAGAUCUACUGUCUCGACGUUUUCUCCUAACAAAAUGCAGAUUUUCUCCUCAACAGCCAGUUCAAGAAAUCCUGCAAUUCUUUCUUAAAAUUUCAGGAGAUAAUAUUUGGAGCAAUGGAGUAGGAAGUGCUGUUCAUGCUCUACUUCACCCGACCCACAGUGCUUACAUAGUCUUUCCUCUCUGACCUUCCAUGUUUUUCUAUGGCAUCCUGUCUCUAUUGCCAGGCUAUGGUCAUUGAAUCUGUAUAUUGUUAAUGUCUUCUGUUGUUUGAAUUCUUUGAUUUUGAAAAGGUGUUAUGCUACUUUCAUAUCUUUUUUUAGAAUUUGGUAACAUUGAAGCUUGUGAUUCAAUUGAAUUUCAUUUUGCCAAUAGUCUAUGUAUUUUGGUUAGAGAUUUCUAUUUGUUAGAAUUUUGUUAUUUGUGGUCAAAUGGUUGAAUUUAGCUGGUGCUUUUGGGCCAGUUGUUCUAAAGGGUCACUCUUUGUGUUGCAGUGUUUGCAUAAGAAAGCCUUGUGAUGAUAAUAUUCUGGAUCACAGUGUGUUAGGUGAGUCCAGAAUUUGGUGUCUCUUUUCUCAAUUACUAGUGCUAGGGGAAAUCUCCAAGUUCUGCCCUACAGGCUAGGUUUCGGGCAUUUCUGUGCACACCUAGAAUAUUUGUACAAAAUUCCAGGUAAAACAUUUCAGUGGGGCUUUUAUCCCAUGAUGUACUGUAUAUUUUAAAUUGGGAAGGGGGUCCCCAAAUUUUCCUGCCACAUACAGUAGAAGGAUUGGAGUUAUGACAGAGUAAAAUAGUUUAAGCCAAAUUCUUAUUGGUUGGUUACAUUUAUACAGGGUCUCUCUGAUUGCAAAAUAUGAUCUGCAUGCUUUAUCUGUUAGAGACUAUAUGGCCAUGUCAAACCACCAAGGUAAAUAUAGUUGGUGGUGUGUUUCAGGGUUGGUGGUGUGUUUCUAGGGUGAAAUGGUAUCUACUUUCCUGAGAUCAGGACUUUUUCAGAAAGAUCAUUACUUAGUUUUUUUUCCCAUAUUAAUAGAUAGUGUCCAGUCCUUACAAUACUGUUCUAGCAAGGACCAGCUUUGUUGUACCCCCUGUUCUGUUGGUGACAAGAUUACUAAGUCAUUGGCAUAUAAAAUACACUUUAUUUAUUUGUCUUCUAGGGUGAGUCCCAGAGAUGUUGAUUGUUCUGUAGCCAGUUCAUUUAUAUAAAUAUUGAAUAAGGUUGGACUAAUAUUGCAACCUUCUCUUACACCUCUGUCCUGACUAAAGAAUUGUGUUAUUUUGGUGUCAACUUUUAUACAACAUUUGUUUUCCUUAUAGAUCACAUUAAUAAUAUCAUAGACCUUGCCUCCUACACCACUUUGAUGCGGUUUUAAGAACAGUGCUUCAUCCCAUAAGGAAUCAAAGGCUUUUUGAAAGUCGAUAAAACAAGGCAAAUAUGUUUCCUUUGUGAGUUUGGUGAACAUGUUUUUUGACCAAGGUAUGGAGGAUAUACAGUAUAUGUGAUCUGUUGUUCAGUGUUUAGUGAGGAAUCCAAUUAGACUUUUUCGUAAAAUGUUGUGUUCACUUAAGAAGGCCUGAAUUCUGGCAUUCAUUAUGCUACAGAAAACCUUUCCUAAAUUACUACUAACAGAGAUGCCUCUACACUGAGUGUACAAAACAUUAAGAACUCUUUCCAUGACAUAGAUUAACCAGGUGAAUCCAGGUGAAAGCUAUGAUCCCUUAUUGAUAUCACUUGUUAAAUCCACUUCAAUCAGUGUAGAUGAAGGGGGGGAGAUGGGUUAAAGAAGGAUCUUUAAGCCUUGAGACAAUUGAAACAUGGAUUGUGUAUGUGUGCCAUUCAAAAACAAAAGAUUUAAGUGCCUUUGAACGGGGUAUGGUAGUAGGUGCCAGGCGCACCAGUUUGUGUCAAGAAAUACAACGCUGCUGGGUUUUUCACGCUUAACAGUUUCCCGUGUGUAUCAAGAAUGGUCCACCACCCAAAGGACAUCCAGGCAACUUGACACAACUGUGGGAAGCAUUGGAGUCAACAUUGGUCAGCAUCCCUGCGGAAUGCUUUAGACACCUUGUAGAGUCAAUACCCCAAUGAUUUGAGGCUGUUCUGAGAGGGGGGGGGGGGGGGAUCUCAGGAAAGUAGCCUACCCUCAUCGCUAGGAUAAACACCUUGAGAAUAGCCUCUCUCAACUUAGUGAUGCUGUGUUUCAGCAUCUCUGUUCGAAUGCUGUCUGGCCCAGAGGCUUUACCGCUCUUGAGGGCCUUUAUUUUAUAAAUUAGUUUAGACAAUGUAAUAGGAUUGUCCAGCUGGUUUCAUUGGGUUUUUACUGUUAAUUCUAAUUAUUUUAAUUGUUCUAUUACUGAUCUUUGGAUGGAGUUAAGUUCUUUUUUAAUUGGGAAUUUAUAGAGGUUUGCAAAAUGCUGUUUCCAGAUAAUCCAAUCUUUGAUUGGGAAGUCUUUCUUUUUAACAGUGUUAUCUAAUUUCCUUCAUAAUUCCCACAAUUGAUUUUGAUUGAUUGCCACUCUAUUUUGUCAAGCUCAAUGGUCAUAUAGAGGGAUUUUCUUAUGUUGAUUUAGGGCCUAUUGGUAUAUGAGACUUGUCUCCUGGUGUUUUUAGUUUGACAAAAGUCUUAGUUGUUUUCUCGCAGUUGAACAUUCUUUGUCAAACCAUUUAUCCUUUGGUCGUUCUUUCUUUUUUAAUGUUCAAUUUUUCACAUUUUUCUUAUUUAUUUAUUUUUGCCAGAUUUAUGAAUAUAUACAUACGUUUAUCAGUGGCUUAAUGCCAUCUUUGUCAUGUUUAGAUUUGGUUAAAAAAAAAUGUAAAUCAAGUUUUCAAUAUCAAUGCUAUUUAAUGCUGCCUCAUAUUCAACAUGGCUAGUUUUUUCCACUUCUAUGUGGACAGGCGGGGGUAGAGUUCUGGUUUUAAAUGUAAUGGUGGUUUAUCUGAUUUUUUCACAUAAAUUCUAAUUUGGCAGUGGUCUGACAAGGGGAGUUGUGGCAUGACCAUAAAGGCAUUGAUUUUUUCUUGCUCCAUAUCUGUUAUGACCUAGUGGACUGCACUGUUUCCUAGUUCAGAUCAAUAAGUAAACCUACCCAGAAAGUCACCCUUCCUCCUGCCGUUAACAAUGUACAGACCCAGGCUUUUACAGAGCUGGAGCCAUAGCUGCUGCAGCACCCCCUGAAAAAUCAGGAAUUAAAAAAAUACUAAUUAUUAUUAUUAUUAUUACAUUUUUUAUUCAUAAAAGUAGUGCACUGGGCCUUUACUAGUCCUGUAUUAGUGGACCAAUAUAGAUCUGUAGCAAGGGCAAAAAAAUCAUCGCAGCACCCCCAGCCCCAAACCUCUUCCCACAUCUAUGGCUGGAGCACUUGUUUCCCAUUUUUGUUGACAGAACUGUCAUAGCUCUCUCUCUCUGUAGUCAGUUGUGAUUCAUACACAGACGUACAUUGGUGUUUCCCUCUAAAUCUAUGUAGUCUGGUUCUUUACCAGUUCUAGCAUUUAAAUCCCCCAUUCACAGAACUUUGCCUACUGACUCAAAAUGAAUUAUAUCAGAAUACGGAGUCAGAAAAAAAUAUUUGUUAAAAUAUUGAAAUUCAGAUGAGGGCAUACACAUUGCACACAUGUAAAUGCCUCUAUCUGAGUUAACAAUAAAAAAUAUAUCUUUAGCCAAAAUGCAUGUUUUUCCUUUUCUCUCUUUAAACCAGAUUAUAAUCCCUCCUGAGUCUCUGCCACAUUUUCCAUGUGGAUGUUUCACUGACGGUAGGCCUACAGUAAACUCCCUGUAAUUUUUGGGAGAGGAUGUUUGUAAAUCUUCGACUCCAUGUCACUAGAAGCAUAAUAACGUCUGAACUAUGUACAGUAUCUAUGAUGUCUGAGUCUGUGCUUUUCACAACCAAAAGUUGAAGAGCACAAACCGCUGAAUGUUAUAUAAACAGUGCAUUCAGAAAGUAUUCAGACCCCUUCCCUUUUUCCACAUUUUGUUACGUUACAGCCUUAUUCUAAAAUGGAUUAAAGAAAACAUUUUCCUCAUCAAUCUACACAAAAUACCCCAUAAUGACAAAGCAAAAACAGGUUUUUAGAAAUGUUUGCAUGUGUAUUAACAAUAAAAAACAGACCCUUUGCUAUGAGACUCGAAAUUGAGCUCAGGUGCAUUCUGUUUCCAUUGAUCAUCCUUGAGAUGUUUCUACAACUUGAUUGGAGUCCACCUGUGGUAAAUUCAAUUGAUUGGACAUGAUUUGGAAAGGAACACACCUGUCUAUAUAAGGUCCCACAGUUGACAGUGCAUGUCAGAGCAAAAACCAAGCCAUGAGGUUGAAGGAAUUGUCCGUAGAGCUCCGAGACAGGAUUGUGUCGAGGCACAGGUCUGGAAACGGUACCAAAAAAUGUCUGCAGCAUUGAAGGUCCCCAAGAACACAGUGGCCUCCAUCAUUCUAAAAUGUAAGAAGUUUGGAUCCACAAAGACUGUUCCUAGAGCUGGCCGCCUGGCUAAACUGAGCAAUCGAGGGAGAAGGGCCUUCGUCAGGGAGGUGACCAAGAACCCAAUGGUAACUCUGACAGAGCUACAGAGUUCCUCUUUGGAGAUGGGAGAACCUUCCAGAAGGACAACUAUCUCUGCAGCACUCCAUCAAUCAGGCCUUUAUGGUAGAGUGGCCAGACGGAAGCCACUCCUCAGUAAAAGGCACAUGACAGGGGAUGAGGACCACUCGUGGGGCGGCAGCGUGGUGACUGGGACAGUGGGGAUGUGGGCUAUUUGUGGCUUGGGGCUCCUUGGAUGUUGAGGAGGGGCCCUGGGACUAUGUAGUGUCUGUGGUGGGGCAACAACGGAGCUUGAUUACUAUUUUCCCAGGGACGAGACCAGUGGCGGUUGGUGCCAUUUAAGAUGAGGGAGGAUUAUUAAUUUUUUUAUGAGCAUGGCCUGAUUUCUAUUACAGCAUAUUGGAUGACUGUCAUUCAUAUUCCAUUCACCCAGCUCAAUGGAACAUCGAUAGGUUUAGGCUACUACAUGAUACUCAAAUGUUCACUGUACCCAUCAUGAGGUUGCUACAACCUAGCCUAUGAAAGAAAGUUUACAACGUAGGUGCACAGGUCGAGAGAAUUUUGAGUAAUCAAGGUGACAGACAGUGACACAUUCAAAACCGCCUUUCAAAUACUUGCCUGCGUCGAGCUGAUCUAGGGUGUAGUCAUUAGUCCAACAGUUGCAAAUGAGAGUUUCCAUUGGACAAAUUCAGGUAUGUUUAUCCCCGUUUCAUUCUGUUUCCUUCCGUUUAAGAAAACCUUUUCAACAGAUUCGGCGGAAUGAAUACACCCCUGAUCACACGCAAACAGUUCGCUUUCAUAGCAGCCACAUAAAAACAGCAUGAUCACUUUGCUCGUUGUAUAUGUAAUUCAUUCUCGCAUCUACAUGCUCUCCUCCUCUCAUCUUUUCCCUUCGCUUGUGGACUUCAGUGCACAACACAUCAGCUGUCUGUGACCAGGCGAAAAAACUUUUCCAAGCCAAACCUUCAUAUCAUGACCGCUAACCGCUACACACAGCCUACAUCGUUGUCACGUCAUAGUCAACUAGAACUACUAGAACUAAUGCGUUAGUCUAUCUGCUACAAUCAUCCGGUCAGAAAGCAGUUUAGCAGCUACACCGGUGGGCCCUGGAGACAAUAAAUUAAUAAAACCAAAAGCUUACCUUGACUUAGAAGAGUUCCGGUGUUGGUUAGCCAUAGCUAGCUAGCUAACAUAGCAUCCCUCUCUGUUUUGAGCCGGGUGUUUGAGUAGGGUAAACUAGCUAGCUGCAUUUGCUAGCUAAGUGAAAGUGAACGUUUAAAAAAAAAAAUACAACCAAAUAUAGCUAUCUCUCUCUCUCUUGCUUCUCCUUAAUUCUGGAAGAAAUUAAUUUGUUCAAAACUGUUCAACUAUUGUCUUUCUCUCUCUUUGAGUCAACUACUCACCACAUUUUAUGCAGUGCUAGCUAGCUGUAGCUUAUGCUUUCAGUACUAGAUUCAUUCUCUGACCCUUUAUUUGGGUGGACAACAUGUCAGUUCAUGCUGCAUGAGCUCUGAUAGGUUGGAGGACAUCCUACGGAAGUUUUCAUAUUUACUGUGUAAGUCUAUGGAAGGGGGUGAGAACCAUGAGCCUCCUAGGUUUUGUAUUGAAGUCAAUGUACCCAGAGGAGGACAGAAGCUAGCUGUCCUCUGGCUACACCAUGGUGCUACCCUACAGAGUGCUGCUGAGGCUACUGUAGUCCUUCAUUGCAAAACAAUGUGUUUUAAUCAAUUAUUUGGUGACAUGAAUAUAUUUAGUGUAGUUUUAUCUAAAAAUGUUUUUUUUAUUUUUAUGUUUCACUAUUAUUUUUUAAAUUAAAUUCACUGAGGAGGAGGUCCUUCACUGGAAGAGACGCAUCAGUGCAAUCUCUGGGUUGUUCCGGUCUCUGUUACCCGGGCCAGUGCUGGGCAGGGGUGUGUGUGUGUCAGUGUGAGUGGGAGAAGGUGUUGUGUGUGUGAUGGGGAGUGGGAGGGGGCGGUGUCAGUGUGGCUGGGCUGGUGGCUGAGGACCUCUUCCUUCAGCUCAUGUAGCUCUCUCUGUAGGUCUUGCAGGUGGCUGUGGUAGACAGUGGUGGCCAGCAUCUCUCUUAGGCGACACACUUCUGUUCUGAGGGCCUGGUUGUCCUCCUCUAGUUCUGUAGUGGUAGACUGUAGCUCCCUGUUCUCACUGCGCUGCUGUUUCACCUGAGUCACCAGGCUGGUCUCCUCCUCUGUCGGCUGUUGAAUGCCUCUGCUCUGGCAGGUCAAGGAUUUCUCCCUGAACUCAGCAAAGUCUCUUUCUAGAAUAGAUAGACUGUCUCUGAGAGAGUUGAUGUAGGAGCAGAUUCUUGGAGAGAUGUGGCUGUUUUCAGGGCUUGGAGGGGUCAUCUUCUCCUGGAUUUUGGUCUGUGGAGAGCCUUCUUGCAGUUGACUGGGGACUGGAAGUCUUCUUGGAACUUCCUCAGGCUGCUUUCCGACCACUGAACCAUGAUGGUGUCAUUAUGGUAGACGUUAACGGUGAGGCAGGGGCAGUUUUCAUCGUUGUCCUCAUUGAUUGUUAUCUGUCUGUCACGAUCGUCGUAUCGAGUAGACCAAGGCGCAGCGUGUUGAGCGAACAUACUUUAUUUAAUUAAAGUGCACACACGAAUAACAAAACAGCUCCGUUGUGGAGCAGUUGACCGGUACCUGAUUAGGCACCGGUGACCCAGGCACGGGUUGUGCCGGACUGACGACGCGCACCCCUGGCUUGGUGCGUGAGGCAGGAACGGACCGGACCGGGCUGAUGAUGCGCACCCCUGGCUUGGUGCGUGGAGCAGCAACGGGCCGGACCGGGCUGACGAUACGCACCCCUGGCUUGGUGCGUGGAGCAGGAACGGACCGGACCGGGCUGACGAUACGCACCCCUGGCUUGGUGCGUAGAGCAGGAACGGGCCUUACCAGGCUGACGACUCGCACCACUGGCUUGGUGCGUGGAGCAGCAACGGGCCGGACCGGGCUGACGAUGCGCACCCCUGGCUUGGUGCGUGGAGCCGGAACGGGCCUCACCGGACUGACGACUCGCACCCCUGGCUUGGUGCGUGGAGCAGCAACGGGCUUUACCAGGCUGACGACUCGCACCCCUGGCUUGGUGCAAGUAGCAGGAACGGGCUUUACCAGGCUGACGACUCGCACCCCUGGCUUGGUGCAAGUAGCAGGAACGGGCUGGACCAGGCUGACGACUCGCACCCCUGGCUUGGUGCGAGUAGCAGGAACGUUCUGGACCAGGCUGACGACUCGCACCCCUGGCUUGGUGCGAGUGGCAGGAACAGGCCGGGCCGGGCUGGCGACGCGCACCGUAGGCUUGGUGCGAGUGGCAGAAACAGGCCGGGCCGGGCUGGCGACGCGCACCGUAGGCUUGGUGCGAGUGGCAGGAACAGGCCGGGCCGGGCUGGCGACGCACACCGUAGGCUUGGUGCGAGUGGCAGGAACAGGCCGGGCCGGGCUGGCGAUGCGCACCGUAGGCUUGGUGCGAGGGGCAGGAACAGGCCGGGCCGGGCUGGCGACGCACACCGUAGGCUUGGUGCGAGGGGCAGGAACAGGCCGGGCCGGGCUGGCGAUGCACACCGUAGGCUUGGUGCGAGGGGCAGGAACAGGCCGGGCCGGGCUGGCGAUGCGCACCAUAGGCUUGGUGCGAGGAGCAGGAACAGGCCGGACCGGGCUGUGGAGACGGACAGGAGACCUGGAGUGAAGAGCGGCCACAACCCGUCCUGGCUGAAUGCCUACCUUCACACACUCGGUGUGAGUCAUCCGCACAGGACGCACAGGGCUGUGUACCCGUACUGGCAUAACAGCACGUGACACGGGCGCAGGAUAUCCGGGACCGCGGAGAGGCAUUGGAGACCACGAGCGUUGAGCCGGCACACUCCGUCCUGGCUGCAUACCCACCUUCGCACGACACGUGCGGGGUGCUCGCACAGGACGUACCGGACUAUGCCGGACCACUCGUGGCACAGUACGCCGCUUCGCAUACCGCGGAACCUGCCCCGUCCCAUGCUGCCAUGCCUGAGUACGGGAAGUUGGUUCCGCUCUCCAUCCAGGCUCCGCCAACCUGCCUUCUGGCCCCCCAAACCCGGUGGCCUCCUCUCCAAAUCGCCCUGUGGCAGCCUCCUGCUGCCCAGUCGCCCAUGCCGUGUGCCCCCCCCUAAAAAAUAUUUGGGGUUGCCUCUCGUCCGUCCGACGACGACACUGUUGACGCCGUUGCUCCUCUCUCGCCAGGGCCUUAAUCCUAGCCCAUGGCCCUUUGCCCCCGAGCAUGUCCUCCCAGGACCACGAUUUGCCCACCUGGGCCAUCGCCAACCUCUCCAUCUCCUUUCCCGGUGCUUCCUCCCAUGUCCAGGCCGCCUGCUCCUGGACACGCUGCUUGGUCCUGUGUUGGUGGGAUCUUCUGUCACGAUCGUCGUAUCGAGUAGACCAAGGCGCAGCGUGUUGAGCGAACAUACUUUAUUUAAUUAAAGUGCACACACGAAUAACAAAACAACAAACGAUACCGUGACGUCCUAAGUCGAAACACAACCAACUGGAACAAGAUCCCACAAACACUAAGGGAAAACCGACAGUUUAAAUAUGGCUCCCAAUCAGAGACAACCAGCCACAGCUGACACUCGUUGCCUCUGAUUGGGAGUCACUCAGGCCAACAUAGAAAUAAACAAACUAGAACUCCCAACAUAGAAACAGAACACAUAGAAUGAACACACCCUGGCUCAACAUAUAGAGUCCCAGAGCCAGGGUGUGACACUGUCUGCCUUUUCCAGUAACAUUCUUUCUAUGUUUUGGGUAUUUCGUGGACAGGGCAGUGUGCCAGGCUUAGGGGCUCUCAGUAUGAAAUAUGAGAUUCGUUGUUGUUUUCUUCCCCACUAGUGUUGUGAGGUCUGCCACCAAGGUCUCAGGUGACUCACUCAUUACUUUACUUAUAACGUUUUUCUUUGCCUUGGAAGAGCAGACAUCUGUAGGGUACAUAAUGUCUGUUUAGAUUUUCUCUUGGUCAUUUAUUUUCUAGCUCUUUUCCAAGUUUUUUCAGCUUUUUCCGGCUUGUCUUUUUGCUGCAACAGCAUCCCAGAAAACUUCUGCAAAAAUCAACAGCUCAUUUUCUUCUUCUUCAAUUAAAAAGAAAAGUAGUACAAGUAGCAAAAUACAACGUUUUUCUCAGCUAUUUAAUAGCCUUUUAUUUUUUAGCUAUUAGCUCUAGCUAGCUUGAAAACAAACAAUUUAUUGUUUGCUCUCUCUCCCUCCCUGUUAUUCUCCAGUAUUUCUAACCUCUCUCUCUUUCCCUGUUAGAGCCCAGUCUUCAUAAUCUCUCUCUCUCACUUUCUCUCUCUCUCUCUCUCUCUCUGUUAUUAUCCAGUCUUUAUAACCUCUCUCUAUCUCUCUCCCUGUUAGAGCCCAGUCUUCAUAACCUCUCUCUCUCUCUCUCUCUCUCUCUCUCUCUCUCUCUCUCUCUCUCUCUCUCUCUCUCUCUCUCUCUCUCUCUCUCUCUCUCUCCCUCCCUGUUUGACCAUAGUCUUCAUAACCCUUCUCUCCAUGUGUGCAGGAAAGGUAACCAUUUCUGUGGAGGUUCCCUGGUUAGCUCCAAAUGGGUGAUCAGCACUAAGCAGUGUUUCUCCUCUUGGUAUGCUUUAUGAUUUAUUAUUUCUCAUGACUUAAUUACCAAGUAUUUAUAUCAUGAUUGUUUUUUAAAAAGAGUAAAAGGAAAAACUUUCAAACACAAAAGACCCAGAUCUAGACCAUAAAACAACAAAAAUUGUGUCAAUCCCUUGAAUAGGAUGGAGAUUGUUGGUCAGUGUGUGUUCUCUAUGUGCAGUUAUGUGGACCUUCCGGGAUACUCCGCCAUGAUGGGGACAUUGUUCCGUAACCCUAGUGAAGGAGAGCCCGACCGACAGACUAUCCCUCUCACCAAGAUCGUCUGUGGACCCUCUGAGUCCCAGCUGGUCAUGCUACAACUGGAAUAGUGCGUACACACGAACACACGCACCCAGGGACGUACACACACACACAUGCACAAACCACAUAUUUCACUGCACAUAUCCGGUGUAUGUGACAAUAAAACAUAUUUUUCACAGACAGUACCCAAAUAAUAGUAUCCUACCCUACCUUAUCCAACUAGUCCACACCAUAUGAUUUAACAGCAAACCCAUUCUGCUCAGGCUGAUGCUCUUCCUCAUCCUCUUCCUCAGCCCAGCCCAGUUUAACGAGCGUGUGUCUCAGAUCUGCCUGCCCCCUGAACGCUACAUAGUUCCAAACGGAACCUACUGCGAGAUCGCAGGCUGGGGGGAAACUAAAGGUAAAGGAGAGCUAUGCUCAUAAUUGUAACACCACAAUAUAAUUUAGUCACAUUCCUCCAUAUUCAUCUUUAUCCUUUCUUUUACAGAUGUAGGAUCUUAAUUUGAUCACCCUGUUGGAGGAGAACCUUCCUGCAAUGCAGGAGAUCUCAAAUGUGUAGUGUAUUUGAGGUUUAAAAAGGCUUCUGAAGUUUGUAAUUUCCCAAUUUCAGACUUGAUUUUCCCUUACGAAAAAUGUAUCAACCCAUACAAAAAUUUCCAUUAAUUAUAAUCCACAUAAUAAUUCAUAUUUCCUGUGGCUGCAGGAUUAUUCUCCUGCUGUAGCAAACUGGCUCAAAUUAAGAACCAACAUCUGUAUUACCCUCAUCUGCAUAUUUCUCCUGUUGUACUCUUUAUACCUUUCCUUCAUAAUGUCCUUUAUAUAUCACCAUCCUAUGGCUGAAUUACGACCAGGGCCCUGGGUUGUUCCAGGCCAGAUGAUUCGUUCAGGAAAAACCUAGGACCCUAAUUUAUGACAUAAUGUUUCUUUAGGUAACUUUUUCUGCCCUUGAAGUAACAUUUCACUAAUGUGUCAUGUAAAUGAAACAGCUUUUCAGAUCCUGGACCAACAGAUGGUGUUGUUAUUUCCAGUACCACUCAGCAUAUGCCCACCUCUCUCUCAUUAUCUCGUUCUCUCCACACCCCCCCCCCCCCCCCCCCCCCCCCCUUUCAAUGUUUCUCUCACUUUCUCAGGCACUUCUACAGAUGACUCUGUGCUCAAUGUGGCUCAAAUACCAGUUAUAAGCAACAAGGACUGUAACAAAUACUUUCGGGGUCGUGUUCGUGAGAACGAGAUGUGCACCAACUCCUUCCAGGGUGGGGUGGGUGCCUGUGAGGUAGGUUUGGGUCGGGUGUGUUUGUGAGGUGGAGGAUUUGUCUAUGGGGUGUGUGGUUUGCUUCUAUGAGAGAGAUUGAGGUUUAUGGUGUGUGAGAAUGAUAAGAUGAAGACUAUUUUAUCCUUUAGGAAAUUCAUUCUGUGACAUACAGCCCGGCACACACACACGUUAAGUUACGAUAUGUCCUGUCACUGUGUGAGAAUGAUCUGACAGUGAUAUGUUCUUUCCAUCUGACCCCCAGAGAGACUACGGGGGUCCUCUGGCCUGUCAGAACAGUGAAUGCUGGGUGCUGGAGGGAGUGAUCAUCCCCAUGAGGCGCUGUGGACACCCAGGCCAGCCCAGCAUCUUCAUCCGUGUCUCUGUCUAUGUGGACUGGAUUAAGAAGGUCAUGGAGAUGGCUUAG